AUGGUAAAACCUCCAAAAAAUGUUAUCCUCUUCAUUGGUGAUGGAAUGAGUCUGAGUACAGUGACUGCUGCCAGAUAUUUGAAAGCAGAAAAGCUAAAUUUGUUAGGGGGUGAUGUACAACUGGCUUGGGAGGACUGGCCUGUAGCAUCACUUGUUCGAACAUUCAAUUCAGAUAGACUGACAACAGAUUCGGGGUCUGCUGCAACAGCACUUUUAUCAGGCGUCAAAGGUUAUUUUAAAACUGUUGGAGUGACUGGAACAGUUAAAUGUUGUGAAUGCACCCCUUUAAAGGAGCAGGAAAGAGCAAAGUCUUCUCUGUAUUAUGCUUCUAAAGCAGGACUGUCCACUGGAAUAGUGACAACAACUAGGAUUACACAUGCAACUCCUGCCGCAGCAUACGCAAAUAUGCUGCAUCGAGACUGGGAGUCAAAAAGCGCAAUAAAUAACUCUACAUACAGCUGCAUGGAUGCUGCCGCACAGCUUCUUACAAAUGCUUCCAACAUGAAUGUUGUAAUGGGAGGAGGAGCAACAAAUUUCUACGAUGAAACUCAUGAACGCCUUUUCUCAAAAGCGGGUAGACGUUCUGAUUCUCGUAACCUCCUUCAAGAAUGGCGUGAUAUCCAGGCUCAGAAGAAGCGCAGACAUGCAGUAAUACACACUAAUGAAGAUUUCAAGAAAAUGAACUGGUCGUCCGUCGACUACGUCUUAG